AUGAAGAUCAUGUGCGAUGUGUGUGAGAAGGCUCCAGCAACAGUGAUCUGCUGCGCGGAUGAGGCUGCGCUGUGCGCCGCGUGCGAUGUUGAAGUUCAUGCGGCCAACAAGCUCGCGAGCAAGCACCAGAGACUGCUCCUCAACUGCCUCACGAACAAGCUCCCGCCUUGUGAUAUUUGCCAGGAAAGAACGGCUUUCAUAUUCUGUGUUGAGGACAGAGCUCUCUUUUGCAAGGACUGUGAUGGGCCAAUUCAUUCGGCCAAUAGCCGUGCUGCUAAGCACCAGCGACUUUUAGCCACUGGAAUAAGAGUUGCUUUGGGCAACAAUUGCAACUCGGAUGAGGUUAACAGCAGCAACGUGAAUCCCGAUCCCCCCAAGUCGAAUUUGCAGCACAGUUUUGGAUUGAAAAAUGCCUCACACCAUGUUUCUAGUGGCAUCAUGUCACCUUCUUGGGCCGUUGAUGAUUUGCUCCAAUUAUCUGAUUACGAAUCCUCGGACAAGAAGGGGCAGCUCGAGUUUAAUGAGUUGGAGUGGUUGAACGAGAUGAAUCUCUUUGGCGAACAAAUUUCAGGGGAGGCUUUAGCUGCAGCAGAAGUACCUCAGCUGCCAUUUACUCAAGCCAACAGCCAUAACAUGCCUUCCCACAAACAAACCAAAUUAUAUCCGGCUCAUAAAAAGCCGAGGCUCGAAAUCAGGGAGGAUGAUGAUGAAGAGUUCUUUACAGUUCCGGAUCUUGGCUGA